AUGCCACUGUUCCGGCUGUCUGUCGCGCGCCCUUGUCGAUUCAUCGCUCGACGCCGCUAUCCCGCGCUCACCUCGCGACCUUUCCACUUGUCGCGACGGUGGCUUUCCGCCCCGAACGAUCCACAUGACGGUACAACACCUCCCGAAAAUGUUGUCGAUGACUACCGUUCGUCGAAUGUCGACGAUAUUCUUGCGAACAAUGGCUCCUUGCCUGCCUCCGUCGCCGACCAGACCAGUAAGCCUGUUUCAAGACCACAUGGCUCCGCCGUGCGCAGAGCCAUGAGAAACAGGAUAUCGAAGCAAGACAAAAAGUCCUCGCCAACGCCAGCAAUUCCCGAGUGGUUUCUUCGACGAAACACGGUGAAUCGAAGUCCUGAGGAUCAAGCUGCGGUACACCAUCAGCAUCAGGUUGAAAUUGUGAAGGCGAAGUUGGUCCCGGAGUCGGACGGCGCAUCAAAAGGAGAGCAAUCUUUAGGCGGCGAUGGCAACGACCCCUCAUCGACCGAACCGACGGGCUCAGACAACCGAUAUGCUCUAGCAGAUGCAACGUGGGAUGAAUUGCGGGCAUCAGUCAAAGCUGGUCUAAGACUACCAUCUACCCAGUAUGCGAACGAACCCCCAGCGAAAAAGUCUCACCUCGUACUUCAGUAUCCAGGCAAUAAUGGUAUCACAUUCUUGGAUGCAGUGGUGAAGCGGCUGGCCCAUGAAUUGGAUACGCAUCUGGUCACACUAAAUGCCCAAGAUAUCGCCAUACUGUUCAGUGAGCUCGACCUUACUGAAUCUGGUGCCUCGUCGGCCAUUCGCUCCCUUGGUUAUGAGGUUUACCGACCCCCAGUCAUGGCUUGGCCCGAGUCUGGAGAGGGCGAAGAUGGCGACGAAGACAUCUCAGAGAUUGCUGCUGCUCAAGGCAUUCGCGCCGAGGUUAGCACCCCUCGCUUCAUUACCAUUGAGGCGAGCAGGGAUUCAGGCGACAUUCCGCUCCCUAAUUGGAUGGGGUUGAAAUCACUCGUUGCAUCAAUCAAUGGUCAACAGGACCACGAUCCGAGCGCCAUGCGAAAUCUCGGUCAAGGUGUGGAACAACGCUGGGCCGGUCUCAUGAACGAGCUCAUUUCCCCGGCUGAUAAAUCACCAAAACCUGCCCCUCCUGAAACAGACGGGGCAUCCGAGUCGGGUGCUAGCAAUGCGGUACUGGCCCGAGACACAAUUGUGCACAUUCAGGAUUAUCGCGAAAUUCAGAGUACCAGGGAGGGAGCGAGGAUGAUUGCCCUCUUGCAGAAGGUUAUCCAAGAUUGGAGGCGUACAGGAUCAAGAGUUUUGCUUGUCGGCAGCACGUCUCAAGAUCUCCGUCAUUCUUCUGCACAAGAUGGCUCGAGGUUAUUGCAAAAUGUCUUUGACGACAACUUCUCGAAGACUCUGGUGAUUACCCCCGCCAUGUCUGCAAGGGCCGUUGAAAAAACCUUUGCAGAGGAUGAGAAGAACCGUACAAUGGAUAUAAACAUUCGUCAUCUCCAGAUGAUGCUGCGCUACCGGCUCAGCGAGACUUCUUCUGCCUCCAAAGAUCAUAUUUUGCUUGACAGCGCCUGGCCACUGGAUCCAUCGACUGUCAAGAAAUCCGGCAUCAGAGAGCGAUUUUGGUCCUAUAACCAGGUGCACUGGGUUUCAACUCUAGCACUAGGCAGUGCAGAAUCCGAUGAAGCCUUUGGCUUCGAACACAUCCGACAAGGCAUCGAGCUAAUGGAUAAUGGUGAUCGAGUUACAAGCGACUGGUUACAGGAGAAAUCCCCCAGGUCGACAGAUGCCCCUGUCGACCAAAGCCGAGAGCAAUUACUAGCCUCCCUGCGCAAGACCUGUAACAACCACGAGAAGAAGCUGCUCAAUGGCGUUGUGGAUGCAAAGAGCAUCCGCACCACUUUCUCCGACGUUCAUGUCCCGCCCGAGACUGUCGACGCCCUCAAGACUCUGACUUCCUUGUCACUGAUCCGUCCGGAGGCGUUCACCUACGGUGUCUUGGCCACCGACAAGAUCCCAGGUCUCCUUCUCUACGGACCUCCAGGCACUGGUAAGACGCUGCUUGCCAAGGCUGUUGCUCGCGAGAGUGGGGCGACCGUUCUCGAAGUCAGCGGAUCCGAGGUAUACGACAUGUAUGUCGGUGAAGGCGAGAAGAACGUGAAAGCGAUCUUUACACUGGCCAAGAAACUGAGCCCAUGCGUAGUAUUCAUCGACGAAGCCGAUGCCAUCUUCUGUUCACGCACAGGAGCUAGCAGUCGUACCUCACACCGCGAACUGAUUAACCAGUUCCUGCGCGAAUGGGACGGAAUGAACGACCUAUCGGCCUUCAUUAUGGUCGCAACCAACCGACCCUUCGACCUCGAUGACGCCGUUCUGCGUCGUCUUCCUCGCAGACUCCUUGUGGACCUCCCAACAGAAGAAGACCGCCACUCGAUCCUGAAGAUCCACCUCAAAGAAGAACAAGUCGAUCCCUCCGUCGACCUCGCUGAGCUAGCUAAACGCACCCCUCUAUACUCCGGCUCCGAUCUGAAAAACCUGUCCGUUGCCGCUGCACUGGCUUGCGUGCGCGAGGAGAACGCCGCCGCCGCGCAACACCAAGGCGAUGAGCCCUAUCAGUACCCGGAGCGUCGCACGCUGACAUUGGCUCAUUUCGAGCGAGGAAUGGAGGAAAUCAGCGCAUCGAUCAGCGAGGAUAUGUCGUCUUUGUCUGCUAUUCGGAAGUUCGACGAGCAGUACGGUGAUCGGAAGGGUCGGCGUAAGAAGGCUCCCGGGUGGGGUUUCUCCACGGCCGGUGAGGAGCCUGUGGUGGAUAACGCGCGUGUGCGCUCUUGA